UGUCACUAUGGAGUAGCCGCGGCAGGACGGGGUCCGAGCGAGAGACGGAGCCGGCGUGACAGGCGGCCCGCCGGGCCCACAGGACGACGGGCAGCCGGGCGCUGCGCCGGCAGCUUCCCGCGGGCUCAGGGUAAGCCAUUGGUGCAAAUUGAAACCAUGGAGUCCAUGCUGAACAAGCUGAAGAGCACCGUCACAAAGGUGACGGCUGAUGUCACCAGUGCAGUCAUGGGAAAUCCCGUCACCAGGGAAUUCGAUGUCGGGCGGCAUAUUGCCAGUGGAGGUAAUGGUCUUGCUUGGAAGAUAUUUAAUGGAACUAAAAAAUCAACAAAGCAGGAAGUGGCUGUUUUUGUCUUUGAUAAGAAGCUAAUAGACAAGUACCAAAAAUUUGAAAAAGAUCAGAUUAUUGAUUCCUUAAAACGAGGUGUUCAACAGCUAACUAGGCUUCGACACCCUAGACUACUUACUGUUCAACAUCCAUUAGAAGAGUCCAGGGAUUGCUUGGCAUUUUGUACAGAACCAGUCUGUGCAAGUUUAGCUAAUGUUCUUGGCAGCUGGGACAACCUACCUUCUCCUUUACCAUCAGACAUUAAAGAAUACAAACUUUAUGACGUGGAGACCAAAUACGGUUUGCUUCAGGUUUCUGAAGGUUUGUCAUUUUUGCAUAGCAGUGUCAAAAUGGUCCAUGGAAAUAUUACUCCUGAAAAUAUAAUCUUGAAUAAGAGUGGAGCAUGGAAAAUUAUGGGCUUUGAUUUUUGUAUCCAAUCAACAAAUCCAUCUGAACAGGAGCCAAAGUUCCCUUGUAAGGAAUGGGAUCCAAACUUGCCAUCCUUGUGUCUUCCAAAUCCUGAGUAUCUGGCACCAGAAUAUAUUCUCUCUGUGAGCUGUGAGACAGCCAGUGAUAUGUACUCUCUGGGAGCUGUUAUGUAUGCAGUGUUUAAUAAAGGGAAACCAAUUUUUGAGGUCAACAAGCAAGAUAUUUAUAAAAGCUUUAGUAGACAGCUGGACCAGCUGAGCCGUUUAAGCUCCAGUACUCUUGAGAACAUACCUGAGGAGGUGCGUGAGCAUGUAAAGCUACUCCUAAACGUAGCUCCGGCAGUCAGACCAGACGCAGAUCAAAUGACUAAGAUACCAUUCUUCGAUGAUGUAGGAGCAAUGACGCUUCAAUAUUUUGAUUCAUUAUUUCAAAGGGAUAACCUGCAGAAAUCACAGUUUUUUAAAGGACUACCAAAAGUUCUGCCAAAACUACCUAAGCGUGUUAUAAUUCAGCGAAUUUUGCCUUGCUUGACUUCUGAAUUUGUGAAUCCGGAUAUGGUACCCUUUGUCUUGCCUAAUGUUCUCUUAAUUGCUGAGGAGUGCACCAAAGAAGAAUAUAUCAAGCUCAUUCUACCUGAUCUCGGUCCUGUUUUUAAGCAGCAAGAACCAAUCCAGGCAAGCAACAUGAUAUUGUUAAUCUUCCUGCAAAAAAUGGAUUUGCUUCUAACCAAAACUCCACCAGAUGAAAUAAAGAACAGUGUUCUACCGAUGGUUUAUAGAGCCUUGGAAGCACCUUCAAUUCAGAUCCAGGAGCUUUGCCUAAACAUAAUUCCCACAUUUGCCAAUUUAAUAGAUUACCCAUCAAUGAAAAAUUCAUUAAUUCCAAGAAUUAAAAAUGCAUGUUUGCAAACUUCUUCUCUUGCUGUCCGGGUAAACUCACUAGUGUGUUUGGGCAAGAUUUUGGAGUACUUGGAUAAAUGGUUUGUGCUUGAUGAUAUUUUACCUUUUCUACAACAAAUUCCAUCAAAGGAACCUGCGGUGCUCAUGGGAAUUUUAGGUAUUUACAAAUGUACAUUUACUCACAAGAAGUUGGGAAUUACCAAAGAACAGCUUGCAGGAAAAGUAUUGCCCCAUCUCAUUCCUCUUAGUAUUGAGAACAAUCUUAAUCUCAAUCAGUUCAAUUCUUUUAUUUGUGUUAUAAGAGAUAUGCUCAACAGAUUGGAAGCAGAGCAUAAAACAAAACUUGAGCAACUCCAUGUCAUGCAAGAGCAACAGAAAUCCUUGGACAUAGCCAACCAAAUGAGUGGGGCUGAAGAGGCAAGAUCUAGUGGUACAGGCAAUCAAAUUGACAAGGUAUUCAAUAAUGGAACCGACCUUCUAACUAGUGGAUCUGAUAGUAAAGAGAAUGAGAUGUCAUCAAUACAGAGAAAGGCCUCACUUACACUGGAAGAGAAGCAAAAGUUAGCUAAAGAACAAGAACAGGCACAGAAACUGAAAAGCCAGCAGCCUCUUAAGCCCCAAGCAACUACAAUAACACCUCCAGUGAAGCAGACAAAAGAUUUGACAGAUACCUUGAUAGAUAAUAUGUCAUCUUUGACCAGCCGUCCUAUCAACCAAGCUCAAGUUGCAUCUUCAAACAACUUCUCUUCCAUUCCUUCUAUGGGUGUUGGAAUGGGAUUUUCAUCGCCCAUUGACAACACAAAGAGAAAUAUGACAAAUGGACUAAAUACAAAUAUGGGGUUUCAGACUGCUGGAUUCACCAUGGGAGCAGGUCUUGCUACUCAGAAUUUCUUCAGUGGUCCAAGUGCAACAGGAGCAAAUAAGAUGAACAUGGUACCACCUGCCAAUAUGCCAAAUUACAGUCCUAUGAAUGCUGCAUCUGCAAUCUCUCCACUGACACAACAAAACAGACCCCCAGAUAUGUCUGCUUUAGAUAAUCUUUUUGGUCCUCAAAAACCCAAAGUUAGCAUGAAGCAGUUGGCUCAACAGAAAUCAAGCCAGUGGGUUAAUCAGUUUGUGCCACCACCAGGGUCCCCAAAUGCGAGCAAUACAGCCUUGGGACCUCAGAUGAACAUGAUAGUACAGCCAGGCUUUGGUAUACAGGGUAAUCCUUUCUUUUCUCCUCAGAACUUCGCACAACCAGCAAACACAAUGACAAACAGCAGCUCAGCUAGCAAUGACUUAAAAGAUCUUUUUGGGUAAAGUGUUUUGUUUUCUUCCUUCAAAGAUUGAUGAAAUUUGGAUCAUGGGUAAGCUGAUUAACAUCUUGUUUUGAUUAAUAAAAGUAUGACUUGGGGAAGCUUUCAACCCAACAAAGUAAAGACUUUUGGACAAGAAAAAAGGCUGAUGUUUCAUUCACCUGGUACUGCAGUGGAAUUGUGUAAGUGCAAAGUCAUCUUACAUGCUAAAGAUUUCCUGUCUCUUUACCAACAUGAGAGUGCUGAAGGUAGGAUGUGUAUAUUCAUCUGAAAAACAAGUAUAUUGAAAUUAGUCAGAGGUGAACUCGGUCAAGUCCAAUGAAAUUUCCUACAAAAUUUUAAGUUCAGCAAAAAUGCUUAUGGGAUAAUGCUGCUAUUGGAUGCAAACCUGGAGAAUUACUCUUGUUGCCUGAAUUUAUAAGAAGCUGUCAUUUUGUCCUAUGACAGUUUGCAAAAAAAAAAUUCUUACGCUGGCCUAAAAAUUUUGAUAGCCAAAUUUUAUACAGCAAGCAAUCUAACCAAUAACUGUGGGUGAGACUAAGAAGGGAGCAUAUUUUGACUUUCUUCUCUCAUGUAAGCUAAUGUAAUGAAUGUGGUAGUAAACUAUAACAAGAUUCAUCAGGUAUAAGAAGUUGUUCUAAAAUUUGAUUCAAGUUUGGGACAGAGUAAGAACACUGCUUCAAAGGUCAUGCUGGUUUACAAUCUCUUUUCUAAUGCCAGAUCCUUGUUACAAGCCCCAUAGCAAAAGCAACAUACCACUUAAGCAGGAUUUUAAAAUACAUGUGGUGAUUUAAUCACAUUUACCAUAUAUUCUGUUUUAGCUAGUAUGCUAAAUAAGAUACUGCUUCUAACUGAUGUGAAAAAAACCCCUGUAGUUAUGAAACCUCAAAAAAUGAAUGUAAAUGUAAAAUUCACGUGUUGACUGCCCCAACUGUGUAACUAAGCACACAUUACACAGUUACACAGAAAUAUCUUGAAUUAAUUAAUGAUUUUUGGCUCAAUUGAGACAAUUAUACAAUUUGCACAGGGUUUUCUGAAAAAGCAGACUGCCAUAAAUUGCCUUGACUGGAGUGAACUAUUUCAUUUUACUUUUGGUUUAAAUCAAGUCCUUAUGAAGGAUAGAUUGACAUGAAGUGAUUUCUCAAAUAUAGAUUUGUAAGCUCUAGAGUAUGAUAAAUACACAGGUAUUGCAGAUCCUUUUUAUUGUAUUAUUCUAAAUUCAAUAAAGGUCUCCAGAAAUCCAAAUAGUAGUUUCUUCUACUUCCGGAAGGUGUAUGUUCAGCUUGCCCAUGGUGGAAUCUCUGCUCUGCCAGAUGCUACUGUUGAGUUUUAACUUUUAUUUUUUUUCCUAAGAAUUUCAAGAGCUUUCUUACCUAGUAUUUUGAAGACUAUAAAUGGUUAUUUUGAGAAGGAAAGAACUAGUUACCUUUUUUACCGAAAGCCUACCUGCUUUAUUUUUCCAAGCCUUUCACUGAAGAAGCUUUUGUUUGCUGCUUAAGAAACCAAAGGGCCUUAUGCUGUAAAUAUGACUUGUACUUUGUUAUACUUCCACAGUUCGGAGCCAUGAUAGCAUUAAGCAUAUUUCUUAAAGAAUUCUUAAUGUAUUAUAGCUGCUGUGUUAGUUGUAUUAUUUUAAAAUACCUGGGACCAAUAAAUUCUGGUCUGGAAAACAUUGUGAUGCUUAUAUGCUGUUAAUAUUCAUGGUGAGCGUUGUAGGUUAUGUUAAAAUAUCCGUGUAGAUUUAAGUACAAUACUACAACUGUUGAAGUAUUUAAAUUUAUUUACAGUUGCUGGCACUCAUGUCUUCUUUUAUGUCAACCCCUUUGAAGCUGUGUUUUGUUAGGGUAACCUAAGGGAAGCCCUUGAAGAAUUACUUGAAUCUGCAUUCCUCUAAAUUAUUUGAAAAAAGUUUAUAUUAAAAACAUCUAAUAGGACUCUACAAUGUAUUAAAUUAAUACAUCUAUGGCAAAGGCAGUCUUAAAGUCAGUGUCCUGAUCUGGGGUUUUGGUCACUGAUCUCGCUGGACUGGGAGCUUUUCAGAACUGGAUUUAGUUAAACCUAUUGCAGGGAAAGUAGAAAAAAAAUGGUGUGAUUUCAUAUACUAGACCUCCUAAACUGUGCGGUUUGGGGUAUGUGCUUUUGGCAUGGGCUAUACCAGAACAUAAUCUAUUCUGUAAGAACAAAAAAAAAAAAAAAAAAUCCUACAGGUUCAAAUUAAAAUAAGCUCUUUUAUGAAAUGGUAAUGAAAUGCACUUCUGACUCAAGCAAUAGGACUUUUUUCCAUUUAUGUUUGAAAGCAUAACUUUAAUUUCUCUUGUUUGCCACAAUUUUCGGAAUGUCCAGAGUAGAAGAACAACAAAGAAAACUAGAAAGGGUACUUAAAGAAGCUCUAACAAAAUCUUCCAGUUAUUUAAAAAUUUAAGAAAAAAACCAAAAGCAGUGAGCCCAAUCCUAUAGUUGCUUCUUGCUUAGUGUAAUCAGGAAACUCAGUGUGUUUGAAGUUCUUGAAUUAUUUCUUCUUAACUUAAAGGAAAAAGGACUUGUAAGAGGUAAGUCAUGAUGGCCAUGUGCUACUUGGCUCCUGCUACCGUAGUUUUUCUUUAGGAAUCCUUAGCCAACUGAUCUCUCCACUUACAAGUCGUGAUUCUGAGGCCAUGCAAGAGGCUGGAAGACUUGUUUUGUGGCCAGAAUGAAUUGUUUGAGAGCAGGAGUUGUGCUUCACAUCCAGGUUGGUUUUUGGGAAAGACAAAGGGGAAGGGACAAUGUUAUAAAAUGUGGGUAUUCCAGGAGUCUCCUAUGGCUGAACUUGGAUGGAAAGUAGUGCUACAUCUAGCUUGGCCUGAAGCAGAGGGUCUGCCUAGUCCUCAUGUAAAGUAAAGCAGAGAACAGGUUUGAAAUUGGUACCUGAUUUAGAAAGUACAAAUGCUGUAAAUUCAAUAGUAACCUGGUAAGAAGUUAUUCUUUACAAUGCAUUGAGGAAGACAGUAAAUUACACUAAAUUUCUGCCCUAAUUUAAAGGAAAAUAUGUGAAAGCCUGUCAGGUUAUAUCAUCACAGCAGCCACUGUGUCCCUACUCUCCUCACCCACUGUGAGCAUGUGUUCAUUCUGCUGUGGAAAUUAGGACGGGGUCUGGGCUGAAGUGCCCAACCCAUCUAGUUAACAUUCAUUUGUAAAGGGGAGGUAAAGGAAAAGGGCAUAAGCUCCUAUUCUUUGAUUCAUCUAUAUUUUGUUUUCUACAGAAGGAGAAGUUAAGUGAAAAUAGCUGCACAUCUUACAUCAGUUGUGCUUUGGCUGCUCUGGUGUAUGCUAAAUGAACGUGACUGCACCAAGACAGCAGUGUUUUCCAUAUUUGAGCUCUUGGUUCCAUUUGGGUUUAAGUAUGAAAGUGUCUGAAGCAUCCUCUCAAAACUCAGUCACAGAAAACAAACUAAUCCUGCUAGAGGGAAGGACUGUAUUAAAGAGGCUUGAAAAACCUUCUCUACUUGGGCUAAUGGAGAACCUUAAAACUACUGAGUUUCAGAUUAGCUUAGAAAUCCUUUGUUCUGAAUCUCGAGAAAAACUAGGAAUGAAAUGACACAGGUGUCACUGGAGGAGGGAACCAAUUUUCUGUUCCUUUUCAUCACACAAGUGGUGUGAGUAAGGCACAGAGCAGCUCUUGGAACUUGCUUAUGCUGGAGAGCAGCAGUACCAGGGGAGUCUUUUGAAAGUAAAAGAGUCCACCAAUUACUUGGGAGAUGAAUUUUACUGGGAGCAUGAGUAGAUACUAGGUUUUUUUUAUUAAUGAAGAUACUAUGUUCUCCUCACUGUGAAUAGAAAGUGUUGUGGGGAAGUUGUGGCCUUACACAGGUGUUGAGUACCCCAAGUAAAAGGGUGAAUUUUUGGAUGUGUAGGUACACAACAUUUCAUGCCUUAUUCUUUAAAACUUUCCUUUUCUGUUUUGUCUUUUUAGCAACAACUGGUUCACAUUUAUGUGGAACCUUAACAAAAACCUUGAUUGCCUUUUAAAAUAAGAAAAAUGUAUGUUGACUUUUGUAUUAUAACCUGUUGUAAUGUUAUCUGUGUCUGUAGACAAGUAAAUGUGAUUAUAUUCUAGAUCAUAGGAUUUUGAGAUUUUUCAGUUCAACUGCACCAAAAAAACAGAUUAAAUGAGAACUUAGAUUUGAAUCAAAUUUGAUAAAGCUUCCAUACAGGCUAAGAAUUAUAUGAUACUUGUGUUAUCUAUUAUAAAUAAUACAUACUUAGUCUGCCUACAUCUGUGUGACUUGAGCAGAAAAGGAAAGUUUUUUAAACAUAAGUUUAUGAUCACUGGAUCUUGCAUUACAAUGAAGUUUUUGGUCUUUGGAGUGACCUUUGCUUACUGAUUAGGGUUUUUUUAUUUGGGUUGGGUGGAAUAUUGGUGAUUUAUGCCAUUUCCAAUGAAAGAAGCAUAGGGAAGGGGAGUACAGAAAAAAGACCCUGUUGUUUAUGUAACCCUUUUUCUUUGUUAAGAGAUAUGCUGCAUUUUAUAUAUUCAUUGUGAAAUUUUCCUUUGGAAAGCUGUGAGGAAACCUAUAUAGAGAAUUUCAGAUGAGUUAGCUGAUUUUCAAGUGAGGUUCUGCCUUGUACAUUACCUUCCAUUAGGUUUUGACUGCUUUUCAAGAAAAUUACACAAGGCAGUAAAACCUUGGAUUCGAACACCAAAUGCUCUUGCCUUUCAGGCUUCACCCUUGUAUCAACAUAACAAAUGAGCCCUGAAGUUGUAUUGUCUUCAAGUUCUCUGGAAUAGGUCUAACUGCUGUACAGAUUUCUGAGAUGAAGCUGUAAAUCAAAAUGUGUUAUAGUGAACUCAGGCCUUGUGCAAAAUAUUUAAUACUUGUUUAUUUGUCUAAUUGUACAGUCUCUGUUACUAGUGACAGUUUUAUGUUCUGAUUGUAAAACAUUAAAAUUCUCAUGAGAUUUAUAGUGAUACUGUUGUUGUGUCAGCUGUGAUUCAUAAAUAGAACUGUCAUAGCAUGGCAUUAGUGUAUAUCUGGUUUAUUGGGCAGCUUUUCAAAACCAAAAUUAUUCUUGUAUCAACUUUUAGAUCAGUUACUUUAAAGCUAUGUAAAAGGUACAGUGACAGUUUUGGGAAAUACACAUCUCUUUGUACUCUGAAUUAGGUUGCCUAUGGAAAUAAACGAAUUUUCAUAUUUU